AAUAUGCUCUAACUGUAAAACAGCGUAUAUUUGAAGUAUUGCCUAAAUAAGUGCGUGUCUUACUCUUAAUGUGCAGAAAGUAACACUUACAUUUCCCGGGAAAUUCUGUCCGCCAAAACAUCGACAAAGAAAUAACCCGCCUUUACAGUCAAGUCAGUGGGGGAAGUGCCAAGAAUCUCAUUGGUUACUGGAGAGCCGCUUAACUUCCGUAACCAAUGAAAAGCGUUUUCAUCAGCAUACGUCAGAGAUCAGGGAGUCAGCUGUUCAGUGUUUAGAGGGAUUUGGCGCUUGUUUGACGGCAAGUCGGUCUGUGUGAGAGAAGUGGAACCAGUUGCAUGAUCUUUCAGCGAUUAUCGAAAUAAAUCAACAAUUUUGCGGAUCAGACUGAAAAUGCCCAGCACCCGCUCACAGAGUCAGCCCACCCUACAGUUCCCCAGACGGAAGUCGUCCAGAUUGGGUUCUCGACCUAAAGUCUCCUCUGAGAACACUGUGGAUAUACAGGCAACCCCACUGUCUCCUAGAAAGACAAAUGUGCUGGAUCCACGAAGCAUCCCCCUUUCUCCUAGGAGCUCGGUGUUGAAAAACACCUCUCUGUCUGAACGGCUGCCUCUGAGUCCUCGCAAACGCACGGGUGAUGAGAAUGGAUGUAACCUCCCGGCCUCUAUGUUUGGCUCACCUCCCAAGCAGAGUCGUCCUGCUUUAUGCUCUCCCCGUAAACUUUCCUUCAACGAGAACACGCCGGUCUUCUCCUCCCCUCCACGUCCCGUCCCGUCCUCACCAAAAAUCCCCCUAUCUCCUGUUCCCCGUCCGUCGCCGGAAAAGCCGCAAGAGUCUGCUCGUUCCAGUCUACUCCUCCAGACCGAAGGAAAGAUGCCUGUUGCUCGGCUCUUCACUACAAAAAAGUCGGGGUAUCAAAGUGUAAAGCAGGCUCUGCACACCGCAGUACCAGAGCGUCUGCUCUCCCGUGAGACGGAGAGAGCCGCCAUUGUGUCUUUUCUGAAGAAUCAUGUGGUGGAAGCAAAACCUUCAAGUCUUUACAUCUCUGGGGCUCCUGGCACGGGCAAGACGGCCUGUUUGAACUGUGUCCUCCAAGAGCGGAAGGCUCUGUUGAAAGGAAUUCAGAUGGUGGUCAUCAACUGUAUGAAUCUGCGAAGCUCUCAUGCAAUCUUCCCCUUGCUGGGUGAAAAACUGGGGAUCUCCAAGGGUCACAGUGAAGCUCGGCUAGCGAAAUUUCUGACCGGCUCAGGACCCACUGUCCUUUUGGUUCUUGAUGAGAUGGAUCAGUUGGACAGCAAGUCUCAAGAGGUGCUGUACACUAUCUUCGAAUGGCCUUAUCUGCCCAAAUCUCGCCUCUGUCUUAUCGGGAUUGCUAACGCAUUGGACUUGACGGACCGCAUUCUCCCCAGACUGCAGGCCAAACCGCAUUGCCGUCCCAAACUGCUUAACUUUCCCCCGUACAGUCAUGAGGAGCUCAACGCCAUCGUCCAAGACCGAAUUGCACAGGUGUCAGGUGACGGUCUUCUGGAUGCAGCAGCUGUUCAGUUCUGUGCAAGGAAAGUCUCAGCAGUGUCCGGAGACGCUCGCAAAGCUCUCGACAUCUGCAGGAGAGCAGUGGAGAUUGUGGAAGCAAGCGACAGGUCUAAAGCAGCGUCCGAACCUUCAACCAGCCCUAAAGCAGCAUCACGGGUGAGCGUUCCUCAGGUGGCCCGGGUUUUGUCUGAGGUGUACGGCGACCGCAUGGCGUCCAGCAGCGGAGAGGACGGUGAGAGUUUCCCUCUGCAGCAGAAACUACUGGUGUGCUGCCUGCUUCUAGUUAUCCGUAACGGAAAAAGCAAAGAGGUCCAGUUGGGAAAACUGUGUGAAGUGUACAGUAAGCUGUGUAAACAGAGGCAGGUGGGUGGAGUUGGACAGACGGAGUGUUUGUCUCUCUGCAGUCUGCUGGAGAGCAGAGGAAUCUUCACGCUCAAAAAGGCCAAAGAGGCUCGAAUGACUAAAAUCUCUUUGAGGAUUGAAGAGCGAGAUGUGGAGAACGCGCUUAAGGAUCGAACACUCCUGGGCAGCAUUUUGGCCGCUGGUCUGCCAUGAUGCUGCUACAUGUAGUUUUUAUUUAAUUUUAGACCUAGUACAUUGUAAAUAUUUUAACUCGUUCAUGAAAGUCUUGUUUAAAAUGAGAUUAUGUGCUAGUUUGGAAGAGAUUUGAUCCAAAAGGGUUUUUAAUUUUAUGUUUGUGUCAAGUUUUUUUUUGCCAGCUUAUUUUUAUUGUUUUAAAUGGCACAUGUUCUUUCUGAACGAGACAGAAGAAAGGGCCUAUUUUGUUUUGUGCAUCAACUUUUUAAUGUUGAUUUGAACAUUUUGAGAUGUACAUUUUAAUAAAGUGAAAUGCACACCAGUACAUUUCAAUAAUGUGGAAUCGUAAUAGUUUUUGUGUAGUAAUUGGAUGGUGGUAACUGCUGUGUUAUAGUAACAGUAUUCCAUCUCUAAACUGAUGUUUUGUGGAACAUAGAAUGAAAAUGCACUUAAUAUUUUUUGAAAACCUAGUUAUUCUGGAUUGUUAAAUUUAUCAUACAUUGUAACAAUAUCAAAAUUUCAUUGUACGAUAAUACCUCGGUAUAAAGUCCACGGUACAAUAUUUAUUGCAUUUAAAAUGAUGACAUGGAAACGUGCCAUAAGCAAACUCUUUUCUUUAUCUAAUCAUAACUUGCUUGGAGGUAUUAAUUAUAGUAUCGGAUGGGUCAAAUGACCUAAAAAUCCCUUUUAUAAAGUAAUUGCACCAGAUGGACCAUGCCAAAUGUAACAUCUAUUAUUUUUUCUAACAUGUUAGGCCCGAAAGACCUAUUGUUUCAUACAGUGACCAUGAUCGUAUUGAGACAAUUUUGCUAUAACGAUAUCUAUAAUAUUAAUACAUUCCUAUUAAUGGGUUUCGCUGCAUGCCGAGACUGUUUGGUGUUUAUAACACAAGCAAAAAAAUGUAUGAAUACUUUAAUCUUAUAUCUGCACUUGAUACAUUUGUUGUAGUAAAUUCGUUUAUCAAAAGUUCUCGUCAUUGUUUUGGAAAAAACCUAGCAUUCCAUCCAUGCUCCAUCUUCAAAAAACUUCAAAGCUCUUUAUGAAACCUUUGGCAUCCUUAUUUGAAGGCAAUAUUCUCUCUUUUUGUAUGAUGUUGUUAAAUUGUAUAUUGACUCUGGUAAUUAAAAGAUAUUCCAUCUACUCAAAACUAUUAUAGUAAGUUUCUUAGCUCCAUUUAGUAGCUGACACAAAUAUAUUCUGAUAACGGUAUUAACGAUAUACUGUUUAUUUGCAUUGG